AUGUUACAUAUGGCACAACAUAUGAAACACUUGAAGACAUCACUUGAGACCACAGAUGACGGCAAUGAAGACAACAGACAACAGAUACAAAUUUAUGCGAAGGACUCAAUGGACAGAUUCGGUGAUGAUUUGUGUGCACUUCUGUUGUUUUUUCUCUCACUCGAAGACCGAUUCCGUUGCGAAUGUGUGUCCAAACAGUUCCAGAGGACAGUCUUCGAGAGUGUUGUGGACAUCACUCUUUGCAAUCAAAUUAUUAAUAAAAUAAUGGGAACAUUAAUUGACACCCAAUUGUUGGCCACAAUUGCCAAAAAGUGUCCAAACAUUGAGAUCAUUGACUGCCGAGAAAUAACUUAUGGAUGUCUGAAAUACAUGCCCGAAGUGUUGAACGCAUUUCAGAAUAAUUGCCGACAUUUACGUGAAAUACACUUAAACGAAUAUUCGCCUGAAAAUAACCGACUAUUGGCCGCAUUCGCCGCACAGAAUCAGUGCAUCAGAUCUGUUGUCAUCCACUCAUCUUGUAAUCAAUUUAGUAAUACAAUCGUUGAAUGCGGUCAACAAUUGUCACUAUUAACACAAUUACGGGAAUUGAGUCUCCGUUUGGAUCAAGUAAUAAAUGAGAACUCAUUGUCUGAGUCUUUGCGUACAAUUGGCUUAAACUGCAAACAAUUGCAACGAUUGACACUUCAGUUGAUGUCAAACAAUACACCACUCGAUGGCCAGACAUUGGAUUCGUUGAGAUGUUAUCACAGAUUAAAACGAUUGCGUUUAUCAGUCUAUGCGGCCGUCGAUCCACAACUACCGGCGCUGCAAAUGCUUGUCAUUCGUUUCCGUGAAGACAUUCAUCUCUCGGACACUGAUUUGAAUGCUGUGUUGUCUUCGAAUCCUAAACUCAAGAACAUUGAAAUCAUUGCAAAUUUUGUGAAGAAAAUUUAUUUAAAUAGGGUUGACAAUAUGACAAACCAUUUAACCCUUGUAUCUUGA